AUGAGGAUCUCCUCGAAGGGUGGUGCCGAGUACAUUCUUACGUUUGUGAACGAUUCUUCAAAAAAUGUGGCGAUCUCUAUAAUCAAGAGCAAGAGUGAAAUGGCUUGUAAGUUCAAGGAGUUUCUGACGCCUUAUGAGAGCCAAUGGGACAAUGGCUGGAAUAUGUCAACAGAACUGCAUUUGUACACCAGCGUUCCGUUCCAAAAGCCCUCAGCAGAACGGAGUGGCGGAGCGUAUGAACAGGUUUACCGUGGAGAAGGCCCGCGGAAUGUUGCAUUACAAGAGCGUCUCGACGGAAUGGUGGACGGAAGCGGUAAACACAUUGGUUUAUUUAAUCAACCGCUCGAGCAAUACGACCCAUCCAGAAUCACACUCUACGAGCUGGCUCUCAGGAUGAAGCCAUUAAUGAAUCACUUGCGCGUGAUUGUGACUCGCUCUGUGAAGUCGGACGAGCGUGAGGUGGGCGGUAUUUACGACACGCAAGAGGUCAAACCGGAACGAAUCAUUCAAGUAAUGAAGGAUGGUGAUGAAGGCAAGGUUCAGCAUCAAGUGGAUCGACAGCCGGGUUCGGACGAUCCGAUGGAAGCUGUCGAAGAGCCAGUUGCGGAUGUCGAAAUGGAUGAUAUUGAUCACGCGCCAAGCAUCAAUGUGCAGCGGCUGAUGCCGUUUGAGAGCCCUGUACAAACAGACUUGAGCUCAUGGAGUAUCAUCAACCGAUUCGAGUGCAACACGAAGAUCGUUCGGUGA